ACCAGACAUUAGAGCUGGAAAAAACAUCGGCGAUGUAUCGAUACAUCGAAGUUUUUCGAAAAUCGGGAACAUCGAGGUUUCAAAACAUCGAUGUUCGAUGUUUCCUCUUUACCCAUCACUACUUGGCAGGAAAAAAUCUUGAUUACAGUCUGAUUCCGAAAGUGUGUUGGUGUUGGCGGCGCUCAGAAAUGGAGAAGGCUUUGAAAGAGCAGAAUAACAAUGUUGCCUGUCAAGAGGAAGAAAGCGACAGUACGGUCCCAAGUAAGCGGAAAAAAUAUGGGAAGUCUUCUGUGUGGAACUUUUUUAACAAAUCGGCUGAUGGCAGGACAGCCAAAUGUAUUAAAUGUGGCAAAACGUACCAAACAAGUGGCAAUACGACAAACUUGUCUUGCCACUUGAAAAACAUUCAUCCUAAUUUAACAAUUAGUGAAUUGCCAAGAGUACAACAGCCGUCAGUCCUUUCAUUUAUGGAGAAAAAGUACGAAAAGUCGUCGAACCGAAAACAACAAUUGGACAGUGCCUUGUUCUAUUAUAUUACAUCAGACUUGCGCUCUUUCACAGUGGUGGAAAAUAAAGGCUUCCGCAAUUUUGUAAACCUCCUCGAUCCAAGGUAUGAAUUGCCUUCACGUACGACCUUAAGAAAUGUUUCGAUGGCAAAUGCAUACGAAGAAAAGAAGGCCAGGUUGUACGCCUUUUUACAAGACGUCAAGCACUGUGCAAUCACUUCAGAUUGCUGGACGUCAAGGUCCAACGAGUGCUACGUUACUGUGACGUGCCAUUUUAUAACAGCGGAUUUCGAAUUACGCAACGCUGUUUUGUCCACAGAAAAGCUCCUCGACGAAAGGAGCCAUUCUUCCGAGAGUAUUGCAAACUUAAUACGCACAGUACUCGAGGAAUGGAGCCUUUUAGGAAAGGUCACCGCUAUGGUCACAGAUAACGCUAAAAACAUGAUAAAAGCAUGUGAGAUACUGCAAAUAACGCAACGGUGCACACAUCCGCCAGUACUUAUGUCACAGUGUCUUCAGUGAUUCCGGUUAUUUGUGGAAUUUUACACAAUUUAAACUCCACAAAAACCAAACUCCAGACUAAGGUGGGUCGAGAUGUCUGUGAUGACAUACUUCAAGGGGUCAAUACAAGAUUGGUCCCCUAUGAAAAUCGUACUGUAACAAGAAUGACCACGAUUUUAGACCCUCGCUUUAAAAAGGAGGGAUUUUGGAAUCCAUUUAAUUCCUCCCAAGGAGUUAAAUCAUUAGAGGAUGAACUGUCGCGCAUCAAUGCUCAAUCAAAAGCUUCCACAUCAAGCCCGCCAACACCAGAAUCCACAGCAGAGUCUAACACACUAUUCAGUUUCUUACAAACAAACAAUAUUCAAAAAAUCCAAACCGGUCGCGUGGAUUCCAUAUUAGCUUUGAAACAAUAUUUAAAUGGUACUUAUUUGGAGCCUGCACAAAACCCUUUGGAUUAUUGGAAGAUAUCAAAUGACAACGGUUUCAAAAAUGCGUUUUUAAAUACUUCUGCGUUCCGGCCACCUCUACUGAAAGCGAGAGGAUGUUCAGUAAGGCCGGGCUUAUUAUCAGCGAAAAGCGAAGCUCGCUUAAGGCUAAAAACGUCAAUAUGUUAUUAUUUUUAAACAAAAAUGACUGGAUUUCUUAAGUUAAGUUAUUUUCUUAUUCUUUUGAGUAGAACUCGAUAUUGUUUUUUAUUUUAAUUUUUAUUGAAUUGUGAUUUAGUUUUUAUUUUGG